GUCAUACAUGACUUGUAUUGCUUUGAACAGCGCCGAAAACCAGUUGAUGAUCUCUGAAUUCAAGACCAAAUUCAAACUUUUUGUAGCCUCUAACGCCCGCACCAGGGGCAACGGGUACUGUGGGGAAAUGUUUCUGUGCCAUCGCGGCGGGGCCUGGUUGGUUUAUGACGAGACACCACUCUGCACUCUCCAAAACCGCCAUCUUCAUCGCAAGCUUUCUCUUUCCAACUGUAUUUUUGUUUCAUCAUUUUCCCCGACCUUUUGUCUCUGUGGCACCAGCAGGUCUCUCCCUCUACUGUUAACACGAGACUCUACUACAUCAUCUUCAUUGCUCCCCCAAAUCAAACACGCACCCAACAAAUAACACCGACGCCUCCAACGGGAGAAGGCGACAGUUCACGAUGCGCUUCGGCAAAACCCUCCGCCAGUCGGUCUACCCGCCCUGGAAAGACCAAUACAUCGACUACGCCAAGCUGAAAUCCAUCCUCCGCGAGGACAAGCCCGACGACGAGGACGAGCCCUGGACCGAAGAAGACGAGAACCGCUUCUGCGACGAGAUCUUCAACACCCAGCUCGAAAAAGUGGCCAAGUUUCAAGAGGCCAAGAUUGAGGAGCUGCGCAACAGGACGGAUGAGGCGGCGGAGAAGCUGAAGCAUAUGAAUGAGCAGCAACAGUCCGAGGAGGGUGGCGAGGGUGAUGCUGCCCAGGAAGAGGGGGACGAGGGAAAACAUGAAGAGGUGGCGGUGGAUAAACAGAAACUCAAAGAGAUGGAGGCAGAGCUGGAUGGGAUCACAAACGAGGUCAAGGAGCUGCAAAAGUAUAGCAAUCUGAACUAUACCGGCUUUUUGAAGAUUGUCAAAAAGCAUGAUCGCAAGAGGGGGGAUCGGUACAAGAUUCGGCCGAUGAUGCAGGUCAACUUGUCGAACCGGCCGUUCAACUCGGAGCAGGCUUACUCGCCGUUGUUGAACAAGCUGUCGUAUAUGUAUUUUGCGAUUAGACGGUUUGAGGCGCCGGAUGCGGGGGAUGUGCUGCCUAUUGAUCCGGACAGCCAGCCUGAGACGCACAAUGGGGAGAAGUACACGGCGCACAAGUUUUGGGUGCACCCGGAUAACUUGUUGGAGGUCAAGACGUACAUCUUGAGGAGGCUGCCGGCGCUGGUGUAUAGUGAGCAGUCGGCCAAGGAGGUGGAUGGGAAGCAGGACCCGACGAUUACGUCGUUGUAUUUUGAUAAUGCCAAGUUCCAGCUGUAUUCGAAGAAGGUGGAGAGGGAGGCGGAGGCGAGUUCGUUGAGGUUGAGGUGGUAUGGGCAGUUGAGCGCGAGGCCGGAGAUCUUGCUGGAGCAGAAGCUGUUGCAUGAGAAUGGGACGAGCGAGGAGAGGAAGUUUGCGAUCAAGGAGAAAUAUGUCAGGGCGUUUCUGGAUGGGGAGUACAAGAUGGAAAAGUCGGUUCAGAAGAUGGAGAGGAAGGGGCAGAAGGCGGAGGAUGUGGAGGAAUUUAAGGGGACGGCGGACGCGAUUCAGGAGUUUGUGAGGGAUAACAAGUUGGAGCCGUUGGUGAGGGCGAAUUAUGUGAGGACUGCGUUUCAGAAUCCGGGGGAUGAUCGGGUGCGGAUUUCUAUUGAUACGGACAUUGCCUUCAUCCGGGAGGACACGCUUGAUCGUGACCGGCCCUGCCGCGAUCCCAAGGACUGGCAUCGGGCGGAUAUCGACAAUAGCAACAUGACCCACCCGUUCAAGAACAUCAACCAAAGCGAGGUCUCCCGCUUCCCUUACGCGGUGUUGGAGAUCAAGCUCAAGGAGGACGUCAACAACAAGCGCGGCCGUCCAGGCUGGAUCCAAGACCUCAUGGGCUCCCAUCUUGUCCACCCCUGCCCCAGAUUCUCCAAGUUUGUCCAGGGCGUCGCCUCUCUCUUUGAGGACUACGUCAACCGCCUCCCCUUCUGGCUAUCGGACCUCAACACCGACAUCCGCAAGGACCCCCAGCGGGCCUUCCAAGAAGAGGAAGAGCGUCGCGCCCGCAGAGCGGAAAACGAGCAAGUGGUCGGGUCAUUCCUGGGGACCAAACUGUCGUCGUAUAAACCUUCCCGCUCGUCCCCAGCAGCAAAAUCCUACCUCGCCGACCGGAUGGCGACCGACGCUGCUGCUGCCGCCGCCUCCCCAAAGUCAGGCGUUACAACCUCCAAUCAACAACAGGCCGUGUCCACCCCCGCCGGGGACGAAGCCGGCGAGUCCUCCCAGUCCCAACCCCUCAUCCCCCGCGAGAACCGCGAGAUCAACUACGGCACCCUCUCCUCCGUCCUCCCCGGCUUUUCCCUGUCCAAGUACAGCAGAGCCAAACGCGCCCGCGAAGCGGGCAUCACCUCCCUGCCCCCUGGAGUGACGGAACCAAAGGAGUGGAUCAAGAACUCUGGCCCGUUGCAAAUCGAACCAAAAGUCUGGCUGGCAAACGAGCGGACGUUUUUGAAGUGGCAGCACAUCUGUGUAUUGCUGGGGGGGUUGGCGAUCAGUUUGUACACUGCCUCUGCGAGCUCGAAGGGAGGGAACUUGCUGGGGGAGGUGAUGGGAAUGGUUUUCUUGGGUGUGGCGGCGUUUACGGGGGGUUGGAGCUGGUGGGUGUUGAGGAGGAGGAGGGAGAUGAUUAUGGGGAGAAGCGGGAAGGAUUUUGAUUUUGUGCUGGGGCCGAUGGUGGUGGCGGGUGCGCUUGGGGUGGCGCUGGUGGUGAAUUUUGGGAUUGCGUAUCAACAGGCUUUUGAGAAGCAUUGGGGGGGUGAUGGGGGGCAUCAUGGGAAUCGGAGUGGGGUUGAUAUGGGGGAUUUGAGGUGAGUAGAAGAGGACCGGUAUGAGUGAUAGCAGGAGUCAUAGUAGGAGUUGUAGGGGGAGUGAGAUGGGUUAUGAGAGGAUAGUGUUGUUGUGUUUUGGAUAGGUGAUGUUGGAUGUCUGUGCGGUUCUGUUUACUUUUUUGAAUCAGGGGUUCAGGGGAGAGUUUUUUUUUUUGCAAAUCAUAACAUUGACAAGCGGUAUUGUAUAUUUGCAUGGGAGGCAGGGGCACAGCUUAGAUUGUAUAACAGAGGAGGGCCUCAAUAUCACUUUUAACCAUGUGCUUCGUGAAAUGGCAUUUCUUGUGAUUUCUCUUGUUCCGCCCCUUUCUAUAUGCUACAUCAGUUAUCGUUACAAAGAAACAUUCCCGUAUCAAACAAGGCCGUUCCAUAUGUUUUUACACUUUCAAUACCCUCCCCCAUUCACGCCAUUUUCAACCCAGGGGUAUCUUGUUUUGAUAUGUAUGUACCUUACCUACACAUGAUGGUUCUACACCUUUGGUUGGUCCACCGGCGCGGCCCCCUCGCCGCCCUCUAUCGAUAAACUCUCCACCGCCUUCCUCAACUCCUCGUCCUGCUUCUUCCUCUGCUCCAACUGCGCGCUCACCAAGCCACCGCUCUUCCUCAGCGCCUGAUUCUUGGCAAUAACCCUGCCAAUCUUCUCCAACAUCUCAUCCGUCAGCACCGGCUGGCCCCUCUCCCGUCUCAGCUCCCUCAGCUUCCUAUUGUACUCCUGCACCGGCUGCAGCAUCGUGUCGACGCUCUUCCUCCUGGCCUUCUUCUCGUCCUCCUGGGCCUGAAUCUUGGCGAUGUACUCCUCCGUGUGCCUCGUGCGGAACUUGCUGUAGCGGUUGCGGAGCUCGUCAAUGACCACCUCUGGCAUUGGUGGACGCAGGAGGGUGGGGAUGUAGGUGCGUUCCUCGACGUCGAUGCGGAGGGUGUCGAUUGGGUGGUCGCUGUGCUUGACGGGGGGGACGGCGGGCCAGGGGAUGGUGACGUUGAGGCCGGGGACGAGGCGGGAGAAGAGGGUGCGGCGCGUGGGACGGUCGUAGGAGAUGUUCACGGGUUUGAGCUCGCGGACGAUGACGUCGCGGACGUGGCCGGAGUCGGGGUGGGGGAGGGGG